CCCCUCCCUGACAGCUUCAUCUUGCAGCCACCAAUCUUUUACCCGGUAAUCCCCUAUGUCACAACAAUUUUGGGUGGCCUUCGUGCUGGGAAAAUGGUUGUGGUCCAGGGCGUGGUCCCACCUGAUGCUCAGAGGUUCCAGAUCGAUUUCCAGUGUGGUUGUAGCCUGCAGCCCCGGCCAGACAUCGCCUUUCAUUUUAACCCUCGAUUCUACACCAAUAAGCCCCAUGUCAUCUGCAACACCCUGCACCGGGGACGAUGGCAGAGGGAGGCACGCUGGCCUGAGCUGGCCCUGGGCAAAGGGGACACUUUCCUGAUCCUCUUCCUCUUUGGAAAUGAGGAUGUGAAGGUGAGCGUGAAUGGCCGCCACUUCCUCCACUACCCCUACCGGCUCCCACUGUCGAGAGUGGACACCCUGGGCAUUUAUGGCCAUAUUUUUGUGAAAGCUGUUGGAUUCCUGAAUAGUAAUCCCUUUGUGGAGGGUGGAACAGAGUACCCGGCUGGACAUCCUUUUUUACUGAAAAGCUCCAGAUUGGCAAUUCCCUGCAUCUGCCCUCUUCCUAGGGGCCUGUGGCCAGGACAGGUCAUCGUGGUGCGGGGCCUCAUCUGUCCCAACCCUCAGGAAUUCACACUAAGCCUAUGGGACGAUUCCACCCACCCAUCCUUGACGCUCGAGGUUUGCUUUAGAAACAGGACGUUGGCUUGGAUCUCCCCGUGGGGCCGAAAGGAGCCCAUCUCGGCCCCUUUCCUCUUUCACCCACAGCGCUUCUUCGAGGUCCUGCUCCUGUGCAGAGACAAUGGCCUCAAGCUGGCCCUGAAUGGGAAUGCAGUGGGGGCAGCCAGCCUGGGGCAGCGGUCCCUAGGGUGCCUCCGGGAGUUUCGGAUCAGCGGCAGUGUGGAGCUCUACUGCGUCUGGUGUUAG